CGACCCUUGGGUCCGCGCCGCGGGCAGGAGCGCAGGGAGAGGAGCGGCGCGCCGCGGCUCCGGGGAGGCUCCGGCAGCCGAGUCCCCCCGCGCGCCCCCAGCCCCCUCGGCCUCCGGCGUCGAGGCGGGGGAGCCAGGAGAUGCCGACCCAGAGGGACAGCACUACCAUGUCUCACCCGAUCGCGGGCGGCGGCUUCGGGGACCAUGCUCACCAGGUCCGGGUGAAAGCCUACUACCGCGGGGAUAUCAUGAUAACACACUUUGAACCUUCCAUCUCCUUUGAGGGCCUUUGCAAUGAGGUUCGAGACAUGUGUUCUUUUGACAAUGAACAGCUUUUUACCAUGAAAUGGAUCGAUGAGGAAGUAUUUCCUUGUGUACCAGAACGUCCUGGAAUGCCCUGUCCAGGAGAAGAUAAGUCCAUCUACCGCAGAGGUGCACGCCGCUGGAGAAAGCUUUAUUGUGCAAAUGGCCACACUUUUCAAGCCAAGCGUUUCAACAGGCGUGCCCACUGUGCCAUCUGUACUGACCGGAUAUGGGGACUUGGACGCCAGGGAUAUAAAUGCAUCAACUGCAAACUCCUGGUUCAUAAGAAGUGCCACAAACUUGUCACAAUUGAAUGUGGGCGACAUUCUUUACCACCGGAACCAAUGAUGCCCAUGGAUCCAUCAUCCAUGCACUCAGACCAUGCACAAACAGUCAUUCCAUAUAAUCCUUCAAGUCAUGAGAGUUUGGACCAAGUUGGUGAAGAAAAGGAGGCAAUGAACAGCAGGGAAAGUGGCAAAGCAUCAUCCAGUCUAGGUCUUCAGGAUUUUGAUUUGCUCCGGGUAAUAGGAAGAGGAAGUUAUGCCAAAGUACUGUUGGUGCGAUUAAAAAAAACAGAUCGUAUCUAUGCAAUGAAAGUUGUGAAAAAAGAGCUUGUCAAUGAUGAUGAGGAUAUUGACUGGGUACAGACAGAGAAGCAUGUUUUUGAGCAGGCAUCCAAUCAUCCUUUUCUUGUUGGGCUGCAUUCUUGCUUUCAGACAGAAAGCAGAUUGUUCUUUGUCAUAGAGUAUGUAAAUGGAGGAGAUCUAAUGUUUCAUAUGCAGAGACAAAGAAAACUUCCUGAAGAACAUGCCAGAUUUUACUCUGCAGAAAUCAGUCUAGCAUUAAAUUACCUUCAUGAACGAGGGAUAAUUUAUAGAGAUUUGAAAUUGGACAAUGUAUUGCUGGACUCAGAAGGACACAUUAAACUCACUGACUACGGCAUGUGUAAGGAAGGAUUACGGCCAGGAGAUACAACAAGCACUUUCUGUGGUACUCCAAAUUACAUUGCUCCUGAAAUUUUAAGAGGAGAAGAUUAUGGUUUCAGUGUUGACUGGUGGGCUCUUGGAGUACUAAUGUUUGAGAUGAUGGCAGGAAGGUCUCCAUUUGAUAUCGUUGGGAGCUCUGAUAACCCUGAUCAAAACACAGAGGACUAUCUCUUCCAAGUUAUUUUGGAAAAACAAAUUCGAAUACCACGUUCUCUGUCUGUAAAAGCUGCAAGUGUCCUGAAGAGUUUUCUCAACAAGGACCCAAAGGAACGAUUGGGUUGUCAUCCUCAAACAGGAUUUGCUGAUAUUCAGGGACACCCGUUCUUCCGAAAUGUUGACUGGGAUAUGAUGGAGCAAAAGCAGGUGGUACCUCCCUUUAAACCAAAUAUUUCUGGGGAAUUUGGUUUGGACAACUUUGAUUCUCAGUUUACUAAUGAACCUGUCCAGCUCACUCCAGAUGAUGAUGAUAUUGUGAGGAAGAUUGAUCAGUCUGAGUUUGAAGGCUUUGAGUACAUCAAUCCUCUUUUGAUGUCUGCGGAAGAAUGCGUCUGAUCCUCGUUUCUCAACUGUGCAUUUUGCUCGUGUUGCCAUUUAAUGCAUGGAAAACUCAUUACCAGCCUGGAUAUGAUGAACCAUUUGAUAUUUGCCAACUACAAAAAAGCGCUCAAUAUCUUGUAUUUGUUGACUGUAAGAGUCAAUUAUUACAUAUAAAUUUAACUAUGGAAAAAAAAGAGACUAGUUUCCAGACAAUCGUGUCAAAAUUCAGUUUUACUGGUAGUCUAGCAGCCUACUGAUGAGUAACAAAGUUGUCUUUUUCCUUUGAAGAAACUACUUACCACUGCUUUUAAAAAGAGUGUCUGUUGCAUUAAAGCACGUGGUGGUAUUACAUCAUAAGCCUCCCUGUGAUUUUUGUCAUACUUACUUUUAAGUAUUUAAUUUUGGAAUAAAAAGAUUAAUUCAAAAUAUAUUACCUGUUAGUGUAUGAAUUCUUUGUGUUUAAAAAUUCAGCUGUAAAUUUUAUCAUUGCCUUGGAUAAUUACUGAUUUUUAAGGUAGCAAUUGUUAAGUUGACUGGUAAUAAAAGGUAUUACUUGCUAAAAAUUGGGGAAUACAGAUUCUUCUUGAGGAAAAAGUUAGGCACAUUUUAUUAAGAAUCAGAUUCCAAAUCAUUAGCUGUUUUUGAGUUCUUUUGUAUAUGAGGGGUUAGUUUCUGAGCUAGUCCCUUUAGCCAGAACUUUAGCUGGAAUGUUAACAAAUGUAGUUCAAAGGAUCCACGAUGUAGUUGAAUGGAAAAGUUCUCAGUAUAUAGGAAGGAAAAAUAGAAAUUUAAAGGAUAUAUAAAAAAAGUGCAAUGGUAAUAUUUAUUUCUUAUUGGAGAGUAAAUCUCACAGUUGCUUUUGUGAUUUGAUUAAAUAAGGAGGCACUUAUUACAAAACUUGUAAAAGCAUUCUAUUUAUCUAAUGGAGACGGAAUGUAUACUAUUUGCCCUUAUAAUUUAGUAUACAAGAAAAGAAUUUACCUUCCAAACAUACUUACUUCCUACCCCAAAACACAUUAUCCACACUUUUGGACCCUGUUUAUGGAGUCUGCAGUGAAAUCCAUGAAAAAUAAUAAACAUGAAUAAGUGUUCAGGACCCACACAUACACUCACAUCACAGUCCCAACCACUUAAGCGAGUUUUUGUUAAGUAGGUACCACACGUAAUACAGAAUACAAUACAUUUCAGAGGCAGAGUUCUUCAGAUUAUGUUUUAUUAAUAUUAGUGUUUAGGAAUGUAUUAUGUAAAGGGAUGCCAGGGAUAGCAUCCUUCUGUUAUUUUAAUUUUUUUUUUUAAUGAAAAGGGACCUAAAAGUAACCACCAUCAUCUAAAUUACUUAUAAUUCCCCAAUCUUAGUAAAAUUUAAUUUUGGGGAAAGCUAUUGAGUCUUCAGCUUAGAAUUACUUAAAAUUUGUAGGCAUUUAAUAUCUCCUUUUUUUGGAUAUUACAUUUCAUUAGAAAUACAAUUUUCCCAAAGUUUCUGACCAUGUACUCUUUUUAUUUUAUGAUUUUUUAAAAUUAUUAUUCUACAGAGUUUCUCUCUCUCAUACAAACAUCAAUGUGAGAGAGCAACACUUAUCGGUUGCUCCCCUUUACGUGCCCCGACCGGGGAUCAAAUGUGCAACCUGGGUAUGUGCCCUUAUCGGUUGCUCCCCUUUACGUGCCCCGACCGGGGAUCAAAUGUGCAACCUGGGUAUGUGCCCUGCCGGGAAUUGAACCCACCACCUUUUGGCACACAGGACGAUGCUCCAACCAACUGAGCCACACCGGCCAGGGCCUGCCUGGCCAUGUAGUCUUUUCUUUAAAUAAUUAUGUCUGAAAGCAAUGAAAACCUCAAAGGAAAAAUGUUUAUAUCCACAUGUUUAUUUAAGAGGUAUACAUGUUUCUCUUAAUACCUGGAACUUGUUUUUAAAAAAAAGCAGUAUUCACUUCAAUCAUAAACUUACAGGAAAUUCUGACAUCUUAUGAUAUGUUUAUGAUCUUGCUUUUAAGUGGUGCUGUUUCCCCUCGGGCAUUAUUUCUAAAAAUUUAGAAUGUGGAAUAAGUUUGUUUAAAAACACAUUACUGGGCCUACCUUAGAAUUCUGUUGGGUCUUUGGAACAUAUUUUGAGGAAACUUUUGAGUCAUUCUUUUAUUUUUGUCCUGUGGUUAAAUAUUAGAAAGAGUACUCAUGAUAAAACAUUUUGAGUAGAGGUAGGCAGUGAGUACUGUUUUACCUACUAUUUUAAAUACAUUUUGAAUGAAUGACUUCCUCAAGUUAGAUAUCAUCUCAAAAAAAAUCCCAUCAGUUUUCUAUCAAUGUUGCAAACGAUAAGCAUUUUUCUGUGAUGAGGUUUUAGCCAUUAUUCAGGGUGGUCUUUAGUUUUUAAUCCUUUUUUAAAAUCUAAGAUUUACUGUGUAUAUUUUAUACAGAAUUGCAUUACAAAUAUGUUUCUAAUUGUGUUCUGUAUUUUGUAGUCUUUAAGUGCCAUGUCAAUCUUUUUUAUAUUAUAUAAAGUUCUCUGAAAAUACUCACCAGGGGAAAAAGGCAUUUGACAGUCAGAAUGGUUGGAAUUUUGGUGUUCUAAGAAAAAAUUUAUUUUGUAUAAGCAUGUGGUCAGAUCAUUUUAUGUGGACGCAGCCUGAAUUGGCUAUCAGGUAUUUUGCUUUAUACAUUUACUUUUAAAAUUUUGUUUUGCUUUUGCCAUGUAGAAUACUGCCUUGGUCAUCAUAAUGUAGUCUGUAUUUGUGUACCUUUUUUUUUUUACUUUAAAAUUUUAAAUAAAAUGUUUAAUACCCAUCAA